GCUCUUCAGUGCAUUUUAGCGAUACAGCUUGAUGAUGAAGACUUUUUUUCUUGUGGUUUUUCUUCUUUUUGGCUUUGCCAGCGCCAAACCAAAACCGGCAAAGCGAGCGUUGUUAUGCGAUGCCUUUCCAGCUAAGUUGAGUGGAAGACUUUACAUGGUAACAGUCACUGGCUCUGGAGGCACGUCUAAGCUUGAAAUAACAUUCAGCAUGGACUCAGAACGCGAGAUAGCGCAUUUAGCGACACAAUAUGCCGGUACCGAAAUUAACAUGAUACAGGACUACAAAGGGGGAAAGACAUACACGAUUUACCCACAGGGAUGUUAUUCUUCACCGCUCGAGGGUGAAUUGUUUCCCCCUGAGCAACUCAAGGGCUUACUGUUCGAAAGAGGUGGAAAACUUGGACUGAAUGGCGUCAAGGUUAAUGUGUAUGGAGGAAUGAUAGAUCAAGCCCACUGGAUUUUUACUUUCGAGAAUAGCGAAGUGUGCAUACCAGUCAGCUUUGGUUCAACGGAAUCGGGAUCUGCCACCUCUGGAAGCUUUUUGGAUUUGAGCGAAAGCGUCGAUCCUGAAAAGCUUCAGAUCCCAGAAGAUUGUAAUGCUUCGCCGCAGCGUAGAUCCCUUCCAGACCUGCUACAUCCAAACAAUAUUCAUACCGCGAGCGUACAAGCCGCUAUGAAAAGAGGAUUCGCCUGGCUCGGCACUCAAAGGGACCAGAAAAGAGGAUUCCCUUGGACUCAUUUUCAGAGGAGGGGAUUCCCUUGGACUAACUAACCGGCAGCUUGCUGACAAAGAGUCAUUAUCUUGACCCGUCAAAGGAUAACAGAGAACGGACAGUCCAACCUUUGCUCAGUCGAAUUACUUUUGAAUAAAUAGAUGAAUGUAGUUACCUCUUGAAAAUGAAAUUAAAGUUGAUUUGUUAAUCAUUA